UUAAUAUGGAUAAAUGAUUAAGAAAUCCAAGAACUCAUAGUCGAUAUGAGUUCGAGAAGAAGUGAUAAUCGGUAGCAACUGGACCCAAUAAGGACUUCCCCCUGACUAUUAGAUUGCUUGUAAAAUAUCUUGGGAAUGUACCUACUGCAAUGGGCUACUAAUGAAAACCACGCUUGACACUAAGUGAAAUCGAAUCCUCGAGUUAUUUUCGACUGUUCAAUACUGAUAUAUUCGGAAGUUACCGAAGUACGAUUUAAACCAUUUUGUCGCAAUAACAGAUCUUCAAGUGUAACAUGACUUCGAACAAAGAGUUUAACUUCGGUUUGCAAUUAAACUGAGCUAAUGAUUAUAAAUGACGUGGUAUAGGCUUAAUUUACUAAACGCCUAGUGUUUUUAUUCCAAUUACAGUAAUUACCUUUUUACUUGUAAGCUACAAUACUGUGCAGGCUUUAAUUGUUGCUAUUCAUUAUGAUGUAUCUAUGUGUGCGUUAAGAUGGUCCAUAUUAAUAUUGUGUUGUGGCACUCGUAUUGCUAUGGAGUAAGAUCGAUUUUUGUAGUUGGUGGUCGACCCAAUGACGUGUCGUGUAUUUUAAUCAUGUUGUCCCCACGUGAAGACGAUGACGACGACAAUCAUCUCUGCAUUAAAUGCAACACCACUAUCGUUGGCCUGGAUAACUACGUCAAACAUAGAAAACAAAGAUGUGGGAAAUUAAAACCGGAAGACCCCAAACCUGAAUUACCGGCCAUCGAUCCACUAGAGCCAUCUUACAGCCUUGGAGCAGACGUAUUCUUCCAAUCUUUAGAACUUCAAAGCAGUGUUAAGAAGACUUCCUUGUCCAGACUCACGCCUCCUAUUCCUAUUGCUAAAGCAAGUUUAGAGAGAAAAAGUACUUUGGUUGUACCGUCAACUUCAAGAGAUAUCCCACGCAUGAGCCCAUUAGAAAACAACCUUAGAGGAGAAGAUUGGAUCGGAGGACAUAGCCUAAGAAUCGGGGGUAAUAUUGACAAUCAAACAAAGUUAAUCAACGCAGUGGCGAGCAUUAGCGGUGCAGUUAAAAAAGAUAUUCCAACCUCGUCAUAUAACAUCAACUACGAUUACAAAGGGGACGAAGACAGCGACGAAUCAGAGGAAUCUGAGGAUGACGAAGAAGAAGAUCACACUAGUGGGAGUAAAUGGAAACCUCCACCAAAUUACACCGGCGGUAAGUGGCGCCCAGCUUCGCCUGAACACGAGGAUUGGGACCUGAGAGAGGAGCAAGAACAUACUGGAGGCAAGUGGAAACCUAUCAUGCCAGACAGUAACGAACGUGACGAAGAUUAUGAUGCCCCACCACCGGGACAUACGAAAGGGAAAUGGAUUCCCGGAGCAAAUGAAAAAACCCAAAUAAUGCAAACAACAAUACAGACAAAAGGAUCCGUACAGUAUUGGUGCGGCCCCUGCAACAGAAGAUUAGGCUCCAGAGCAAUCUAUGAGAAACAUUUAAGAUCCAGUUUGCACUUGAAAAAAGUUCUACCAGAACAUGAAUUAGAGUUUUCAGGUCAUUUGGAGCCGAUGAAAAGCGCUUCAUGCAAGCGCUUGACUCGACCAUCAAGAUUUGUUAACGAAGCUAUUUACUCCCAAGGAGUUAAAAAAAGAAAAGUUGAUGCUAAAUUAAGUGUUAAAAUUGAGAAGAAAAAGAGGAAGAGGAAAGCCUACUUCGUUCAUUGUACCGGGUGUAAGUCCCGCGUGCGACAGCAUUUGAUGGGAAAACAUUUGAUCUCCCACUACCACUUCAGGAAAGCGACUGAUACCAAAACACACUCUUACCAACAAUUAAUCUUAGACAACAUCGAUGCGAUAGUCCAUCAAUCUCCAUUUCAAUGCAGUCCUUGCAAAUUUUACACGAACUGGCUCUCAACAUUCAUGCAGCACUGGCUGUCUGAGGAACAUGAAGAGCGUCUAGCGUCUAUGGAGGGCAGACUAUGGUGCUCCUUCUGCAAGUUCGACUGCGAGACUUCCGAAGAAAUGCUCAAACAUAUGUCUAGCUCCGGCCACAGCGAAGUGGUUGCCGUCAUCAACAGAUCGAUGCCCAUCAUUAUAAGAAAGAAAACUGUAUUGAAGUGUGACGCUUGCAGCAAAGAGUUUCGAUACAAUUUCGAAAUGAAACGACAUUUUCAAGUGACUGGGCACCCAUUAGCGCUCACCGCUACAGACAAUUAUCAGGAGCUUCACAAAUGUCAGCAUUGUAAAGCUAAAUUUAAAUCUUCAUUAACUUUAGCUGCACAUUUGAAAUCCAAACAUAAGCAACGAGCUUAUCUCUGUUUAGUUUGUGCGAAGACUUUUAACUCUUCAGAAGAAGCCAAGCGUCAUCGGCAGACUUCUGAACACAGGAUCAAGAGGAAAGAGAAUAUGAUGGAGCAAGGAGUUCCAACGAAGGAUCUCAGAAAGAAAUGCCCCUACUGUACGGAUAAUGUUAUGUUGAAGAAUAUUCUAGUACUUAAAGAUCACAUCAGGCGCGUACACCCGGACAUACGUAAAAAAUGCCCAAAAUGUGGUAUGUCAUUCAUCCUGUCCCAGGAAGUGACUCGCCACGUGAGGGACAACGCCUGUGAAUUCAACUCCACCACACAAAUGAAUUCCUCAAUCUUCUGGAACUGUAGUCAAUGCCUCUUCACUACUGACUCUCAAGCUGAAUGCUUUUUCCACGAAGUCUUGCACACAUCACCUAAAAAGGAACUCCUGAAGAUUGGGGAAAAUGAGAAGGUUAUCCAGAAGUAUCCUUGCCCGCUAUGCCCGCGGUAUUUCAAGAAGGCUUCGUUACGACAGCAUUUAAGGCAGCAUACCUUCGAAAGGCCGUUCAUCUGCUCGACCUGUGGGGCCAACUUUACUAGACAGACCAGUCUAGCGAACCACACCAGGAAUGAGCACAGCACUGAAGUCACCAAGAUACCGAAGCUACCCACUAUUGUUGAGAGGAUUGAAGACUUCGAGUGCGGGCAGUGUAAGAACAAGUUCUCCAGCAAGACUGCACUAUCUCGGCACGCGUCGAGCUGUCUUCAAGCUGCCUCUGCUCGGCAAUGCCCUCAUGAGCAAUGCACGUAUGUUGCUAGCAACUCCAGUCAACUAGCAAGACAUCGUCGAACUCAUGGGGAUCGAAUCAAACACCAUGAGUGCCAUCUAUGUUCGUUCAAGAGUGACCAAGCAAGCCACAUGAAGAGACACAUGUUAUGUCACCUAGGAGUAAAACCUUACGCUUGUCCUCACUGUUCUUUUACAUGUGGAAGCUUGGAAAAUCUUCGAAAGCAUGUUCUUCGUAGCGGCCGUCAUCCAGGAUUGUAUCUUUAUCAUUGUCGGCUCUGUCCGUACAAUACAAACACGGCUGCUGAACUUCGAGGACAUCUAACUGCUGCUCAUGCCCACAAAUAUGACGCUAAGACUGCUGUACAAGCUGUGAAAUUACAUCUUAUGGUUGACGAAAAGUCAUAACUUGUAUAUUUGUAUGCGUAUUUUAAAUUUAAUCUACUUUAUGUAAAAAUAAAAUAUAUAUUGAGGUCUAAUUAAUAAAAAUAUUUUCACAGCACAGGCCUAAAAUUUAUGCAACGUUCUAAACUUCUCUGGUUCAGACUUCAGAAAAUAUAAAAAAUA